UUUUUUCAUGUUUUUUGGCCACUUGUAUAUCUUUUGAGAAGUGGCUGUUGAUGUCUUUUGCCCACUUUUUUUUUAAAUUUGUUUAUUUGUUUUGUUUUUUUGAGACGGAGUCUCACUGUGUCACCUAGGCUGGAGUGCAGUGGCGCCAUCUUGGCUCACUGCAACCUCCGCCUCCUGGGUUCAAGCGAUUCUCCUUCCUCAGCCUCUCAAGUAGCUGGGACUACAGGCGCCCGCCACCACGCCCGGCUAAUUUUUGCAUCUUUAGUAGAGAUGGGGUUUCACCAUAUUGGCCAGGCUGGUCUCGAACUCCUGACCUUGUGAUCUGCCUGCCUUGGCCUCCCAAAGCGCUGGGAUUACAGGUGUGAGCCACCAUGCCCAGCCUUUUGCCCACUUUUUAAUGGGAUUAUUUAUUUUUUACUUGUUGAAUUAAUUUCCUUAUAGAUUCUGGAUAUUACACCUUUGUUGGAUGCAUAGUUUGUGAAUAUUUUGUCCUAUUCUGUAGGUUGUCUUUAUUCUAUUCAUAGUUUCUUUUGCUGUUUUGAGAUCUUUAAUUAAGUUUCAGUUUUUGUUGUAAUUGUAUUUGAGUACUUAGUCCUAAUUCUUUUCCGAAGGUGAAUGUUCAGAAUGGUGUUUCCUGGGUUUUCUUCUAGGAUUCUUAUAGUUUGAGGCAUUCUGUGUAAAUCUGUAAUCUAUCUAGAGUUAAUUUUUACAUAUGAUGAAAGGUAGGGGUCCACUUUUAUUCUUCUGCAUAUAGCUAGCCAACUAUCCCAGCACCAUUUAUUGAAUGGGAAGUCCUUUUGCCAUUGCUUAUUUUUGUUGACUUUGUCAAAGAUCAAAAGUGUGUGGCUUUAUUUCUGGGCUGUUAUGUUCCAUUGGUCCAUGUGUGUGUUUUUGUAGGAGAAGCUUGCUGAUUUGGUUAUUGUAGCCUUAUAGUCUGAAGUAGGGUAAUGUGAUACGUUUGGUUUUUGUUCUUUUUGCUUAGGAUUCUUUUGGCUAUUUGAGCCCCUUUUUGGUUCCAUAUGAAUUUUUGGAUAGUUUUUUCUAAUUCGGUGAAAAAAUGCCAUUGGUAGUUUGAUAGGAGUAGUGUUGAAUCUGUAGAUUGCUUUGGGCAAUAUGGCCAUUUCAAUGAUAUUGAUUCUCCCAAUCCAUGAGCACGGAAUGUUUUUCUAUUUGUUUGUGUCAUCUGUGAUUUCUUUCAGCAGUGUUUUGUAGUUCUUCCUGUAGAGAUCUUUUACCUCCUUGGUUAGAUGUAUUCCUGGGUAUUUUAUUUUUUUGGUGGCAAUUGAAAAUGGGAUUGUAUUCUUGAUUUGGCUUUCAGGUUGAACCUUAUAGUGUAUAGACAUGCUACUGAUUUUUCUAUGUUGAUCUUGUAUCCUGAAACUACUCAAGUCAUUUGGCAGAGUCUUUAGGGUUUUCUGGGUAUAGAAUCAUAUCGUCAGUGAAGAGAGACAGUUUGACUUCUUUUCUUAUUCGGAUGCCUUUUAUUUCUCUUGACUGAUGCUUUGGCUAGGAAAUAAGUACUGUGUUGAAUAGGAGUGGUGAGAGCGGGCAUCCUGUUCCCUUGUUCCGGUCCUCAAGGGAAAUGCUUCCAUCUUUUGCCUGUUCAGUAUGAUGUUGGUUGUGAGUUUGUCAUAGAUGGCUCUUAUUAUUUUGAGGUAUGUUCUUCAGUGCCUAGUUUGUUGAGGGUUUUUAUCAUGAAGGGAUGUUGGAUUUUAUCAAAGGCUUUUUUGCAUCUAUUGAGAUAAUCACAUGGUUUUUGUGUUUAAUUCUGUUUGUGUGGAGAAUCACAUUUAUUGAUUUGCGUAUGUUGAACCCUAUAUAUAUGUUUUUUGAGUGGCUUAUUUCAUUCAGAAUGUCCUCACAUUUCAUCCAUGUUGUAGCAUGUCAGAAUUUCCUUCCAUUUUAAGGCUGAAUAGUAUUCCAUUGUAUGUAUAUACCACAUUGUGCUGAUCCAUUGUCUGUUGGACUCUUGGGUUGCUUCCAUGUUUUAAUUAUUGUGAAUAAUAUGCCGUGAACAUGGGUGUUCAAAUAUCUCUUCAAAACCUUGCAUUUAAUUCUUCUGAAAAUAUAGCCGGAAGUGGAAUUGUUGGAUCAUAUGCAGUAGCCAUCCUAAUGGAUAUGGGUUGGUUCCUGUUUUCUAUUUGGAACUUUAAAAAAAAUUAAAGCAGGUUGCACUGCUGUGAUCCAUCCUCAUCUCCUAAAGAUGCAUCCUGACUUAUCUCCACACUUGCACACUGAAGAAUGCAACGUCUUGAUUAACUUGCUUAAGGAAUGUCACAAAAAUCACAACAUUCUGAAAUUUUUUGGUUAUUGUAAUGAUGUUGAUCGGGAGUUGAGAAAAUGCCUGAAGAAUGAGUACAUAGAAAACAGGACCAAGAGCAGGGAGCAUGGCAUUGCGAUGCGAAAGAAACUUUUUAAUCCUCCAGAGGAAUCCGAAAAAUAAAUUGUAUUUUCACUCGAUGCCUUGGCUGAGAGAAGACCUAAAGACUCUGGGUUGAUACCUGAAAGAAUCCUGUCUUCUUUGGUCUCCAUAAUCCUUUGAAUGGAAAGUGACCUGUGGGAGAUUGAACCAUGGAGAAAUAUGAAAACCCUGGAUUCUGAGUAUUUGUUGGGCAGGGCGUUUAGUACUGUCUCCCCUUCACCAGCAAACCUGAGUUCACCAUGUUUAUUCCCUUUGCCUACAACCAGUUAAUAUCUGAGUAACUUAUCUCCUUCAAUAAAAUAAUUUAAAUAA